AUGGACGAUCAGAAUCAGAAGAAGGAGGACCACAAGGAAAGUGAACACAUAAACCUGAAAGUGACGGGUCAAGAUGGCAGUGUGGUGCAUUUUAAAAUCAAGAAAAACACACCUUUACGGAAGUUGAUGGGUGCAUACUGCAAUAGAGCUGGAAUUCAAACAGGUGUAGUUCGAUUCCGUUUUGAUGGAAAUCCUAUCAAUGAUGAAGAUACUCCAGCAAUGUUGGAGAUGGAGGAUGGUGAUUCAAUUGACGUAUUCCAGCAGCAGACAGGAGGAUAUGUGUCUCAACCAUAA